GUGCGGGCACGAGCAGGAGGAGGAGGUGGAGGGAGGGAGGGAGGCCGAACGAGACGAGUACGAGUGACGAGCCGUGAGCGAGGCAGCGCAGAUUAGAGAGCCCGAGUCGAGCGAGUGGGCAACGCCGGGCGUUGGGCGGGCUCGAGGUGGUGCGGUGGUGCCCCGCUGCCGAGGUGGUGCAGACUCGCGGUCGGGAGGGCGGGCGGUCGUAAGGAUGGAGAAGGGCAAGGGUACUGAUCGAUGAGGAGGGAGAGAUGGUAGAGUCGGACGGGAGGAGAGAUGCGCAAGAGAGAUCGGUGUAGGUCUGAGAAGAUGAGGAACCGUUAGAGAGGAUAGGCGAGAGUGGACGCGCGAGAGGCUAGUGAGGCGAGGAGAGCGAUUGAGAUGGGAAUUGAGUGAAAAACAAUCAAAAAUAGAGUGAAGCAUGAGGACGGAGGGAGCGUAUGCUGGUGCGUUCUAGGUUGGAGGUAUCCCGGGUAUUCGGGAUCGGGCUCCCAGACGAAGAGGAAGACGAGGCUCGUUCUUUCGGAGGCUCGUGGUGUGUGAUGAGUUUCAGUGCUUGUGUCAAAGAAGAGGAGGGAAAGUGACCGGGGUCGUGGCUCAAACCCUAAUUUCCUGGCUGAGAAGGAGGAGACGUUCUCUACGAGCACUUUGAUGGAGAACCAAGUUGCAGAUGCAUUGCUCCACCACGUCUCCUUCAAGAAGAUUCUGAGUCUCAGCUUGCUUUCUCAGAUCUAGGUUUCUUCUGCCUACUUUCAACUUUUCAUCCUUCCUUAGGACCCAAGUUUCCCACGCGGUUUCGAAAUUCGAAUCACCUUGCUAAAAAGUUAGGUUGUUAGUACAGGAAGUCGUCGAAGAUGGUGUAUUCGCGAGGUGCACAACAGCAUUAUCAACCGAGGCCUUUGGGAGGAGGUGGCUCUCAUGGAAGGGGCCAAUCUGGAGGCUCAUACCAACCAUACCAGCCUCACACUCAACGGGCGAUACAUCAAAACAAUCACCAACAGCAACUGCAGCAGCAGCAGCAACAGCAGCAGCAACAGCAGCAACAGCAGCAGCAGCAGCAACAAAACCAGCAGCAAUCUCAGUUAUCUGGUCAGCAUCUGGCCUUGUCACAAGCGCAGGCCAAUGUCUCUACUUCAGCGGCCCCGUCGGCAGAUGGAGGCCAGGGUGGACAUUUGGCACAAGGCAACUCGAGCUUACAAGAUUGGAAAGCUCAGCUUAAGCUUCCACCGACGGAUUCUCGCUACAGGACUGAAGAUGUGACUGCCACCAAAGGAAACGAGUUCGAGGAUUACUUUCUGAAGCGAGAGCUGCUCAUGGGAAUCUACGAGAAAGGCUUCGAACGGCCUUCGCCCAUCCAGGAAGAAAGCAUUCCAAUCGCAUUGACCGGAAGCGAUAUUUUGGCCAGGGCCAAGAAUGGAACUGGCAAGACGGCUGCCUUUUGCAUUCCUGCCAUCGAAAAGAUUGACCAAAACAAGAAUGCUAUCCAAGUUCUGAUACUGGUCCCCACCAGAGAACUUGCUCUUCAGACCUCGCAAGUGUGCAAAGAGCUGGCUAAGCACUUGCACAUACAGGUUAUGGUAACUACGGGUGGUACGAGUUUGAAGGAUGAUAUCAUGCGGCUCUACCAACCCGUGCAUUUACUGGUCGGUACACCCGGAAGGGUGCUCGACCUGGCCAGGAAAGGUGUUUGCAACUUGGGAGAAUGCACCAUGUUAGUCAUGGAUGAGGCGGACAAGCUGCUCUCCCCAGAGUUUCAGCCUCUAGUCGAGCAGUUGAUCGCGUUCCUCCCCGACAACCGCCAGACUCUACUCUAUUCAGCGACUUUUCCAGUUACCGUGAAGUCUUUCAAGGACAGGUUCCUGAGGAAACCCUAUGUCAUCAACCUCAUGGAUGAGUUGACAUUGAAGGGAAUUACACAGUUUUAUGCGUUUGUGGAGGAAAGGCAGAAGGUUCACUGUCUGAGCACUCUAUUUUCGAAGCUACAAAUCAACCAGUCCAUCAUUUUCUGCAAUUCUGUUAACCGGGUUGAGCUUCUAGCAAAGAAAAUUACUGAGCUGGGAUAUUCAUGUUUCUAUGUCCAUGCGAAGAUGCUCCAGUCUCACCGAAAUAGAGUGUUCCACGAUUUCAGAAAUGGAGCAUGCAGGAACUUGGUCUCAUCAGAUCUUUUUACUAGGGGAAUCGACAUUCAGGCCGUGAAUGUGGUGAUCAACUUUGACUUUCCCAAAAACUCAGAAACGUAUCUGCACAGGGUGGGGCGUUCUGGCAGGUUCGGUCACCUUGGUCUAGCUGUAAAUCUGAUUACAUAUGAGGACCGUUUCAAUUUGUACAGGAUUGAGCAGGAGCUGGGUACAGAAAUCAAGCCUAUACCUCCUCAGGUAGAUCAAACCAUAUACUGUCGGUGACGUGCAGUCGCGCGAACAGUUGUCUGCGAGAAGCUUGCGAGCGGCCGGAAGGGACUUGAAUCUUGCAAGGAGUUGAUGGCUCACCUCCCAGGUACAGAUAGUGGUGACGUAAAGUAUGGCAGAUAUCAGAUGCGUGAGGAAGCUGUAGCAGGCCUGUCACAACCCCUUUUGAAUUUCUUUUUUAGUCUUACCCAGAGAAUGCCGUUUCUACGGAAGCUUCCUGCCGGUGCCAAGUAAGUGGUUACACCUCGUCGUGGAAAUGGCUGUAGCUGAGCACCAACCAUCGAGAUUCAGGCCCUGUCCUUGUUUUAGAGUUUCUCCAGUCAGUAGAGGAAGGUUUUCGGCACGGACCCGUGGGGUGCCGUUGGCGACCAAUGUCGCACGUGGGAUGUAAGCUGGUGGAGUGGUCACACGGUUCAAAUAAGUUGUGUGGUUGAUUUACAUUUUGUGGCGUUUGAGUCAUUGGCAAGGUUCCAUUUUUGGAGGACUUCUGAAACUGAAAUGGUGGAUGAGUCGAGAUGAAGUUCUAUGAUACAAAUCAAAACACUUAGAUUGAUUAGGAAAGGGUUUACAGUAAGAAAGGGAGAUAUCUUUGAACAAGAGCCACAGUAACAGAUAGUAGGAGCUUGAACCUGGUCGUAUCAGAGUGUGGCCAGCUUGUUCGCAAAUGACUUCUUGUUUUCCUUCUUCCGAACCCCUCAAAAACUGUUCGAUUCACCAUUCAAUUGCCGGUGUGCUAUCCGUUCACGCACACUCAUUGUGGCGGGUGGAGUAGGUGGCAGUUUCGUUCCAGGACUUGUCAUCAGAUUGGCUGCUGGGGCAGUACACGGUUGAUUAAAUUCAGACAGUGCAUGCCUAAAACCUGCUGAAGCGCUCUUUGUCAAAAUGUGGGUUUUGCUCUCUCAGGAGAUGUGAAGGCUAAAGAAGUUGAGUGAAUAUUUCAAGUAAUGUGCACAUAUUUGGCCUGACCAGUGAUCUCAAGUGUCUAUGUGAAACUCCUUAGCUAGCCUCUUGAGCAGAGGAGCUUUGCAGAAGCAAGGACAAUGGCACUUCGUGCUUGGCCUUUGGCGUCUGUCCAGAUGUGAACUCUUCAGAUUGUUUAGGGCAGGAAUCACUUGCACUUUGCCUAAGUUAUUAUCUUCCAGUAUUGUCCG